AGGUGGCGUCUAGCGUGGCGAUGCAAGGUGGAUUGGCCGCUUCCACCAACCGCACCUGUUGCCACGGCUCACUUUAAAGUUUUAAUCAUAUGUACUUUUGGCUACUAUAUAACGCUCACUGAAGCCCCGGUCGCUUCGCCGAUCGAGCUCUUGUAACCAGUUCGUGCUUUGGAGGGGGAGCUAUGGUUGUGAUCAACGUGCUGCGGUCGACGAUUGUGCAGCCGGCGGAAGUGACCCCGAAGAGACGGCUGUGGCUCUCCAACCUGGAUCUGGUGACGCCGCAUCACCACACGCUGUUCGUCUUCUUUUACCGUCCGGAUGGGUCGGCCAACUUCUUUGACGCGGCGGUGCUGCGCGACGCGCUGUCCCAGGUGCUGGUGCCCUUCUAUCCCAUGGCCGGGCGUUUGACUCGCGGCCAGGACGGUCGGAUCGCGAUUGAUUGCAACGGUGAAGGGGUACUGUUUGUGGAGGCGGAUGCGGAGACGACGGUGGACGACUUCGGCGACUUCGCACCCACCAGCGAGCUGGAGCAGCUGAUCCCAAAACCAAAUGCAGACUACACCAACGGCAUCUCCGCUUUCCCGCUUUUACUCCUCCAGGUCACUCACUUCAAGUGCGGUGGUGCAGCCUUGGGCGUCGGCACGCAGCAUCACGUCGUCGACGGCUCCUCUGCCAUUCACUUGAUGAACUCCUGGACCGACGUUGCCAGGGGCGUCGGCAUCGCAGUCCAGCCAGUCAUUGAUCGAACCCUCCUCCGCGCUCGCGACCCACCCAACCCCUCUUUUACUCACAUCGAAUACCAACCCCCUCCUUCCAUGAACACCUCUGCUGCCCAAGUCGCAAGCCCCGCAGCUGUCCGAAUCUUCAAGCUCACCCGGGAGCAACUUAACCUCCUCAAAGCCAAGGCUCCCCCGGGUGACAGCUACAGCACGUACGUCCUCCUUGCGACACACGUAUGGCGAUGCGUGUGCAUAGCGCGCGACCUCCCGCCCGACCAGAUGACCAAGAUGUACAUUGCCACUGACGGUCGACAGAGAGUGCAGCCACCACUUCCGCAAGGCUACUUCGGGAACGCGAUCUUCACAACCACGCCCAUUGCAGCAGCAGGGGAGGUGACCUCUCCGGAAGGUGGUCCUUCCCCAGCGGCCAAGACUAUCAAGGAGGGUUUGGUGAGGAUGGACGCCAACUACUUGCAGUCGGCAUUGGACUACCUGGAGAUGCAGCCAAAUCUGGAGGCAUUGGUGAGGGGCGCUCGCACAUACAGAUGCCCAACCCUUGGGCUCACCAGCUGGACGCAUAUGCCAAUCUACGACAUAGACUUCGGGUGGGGCCGACCAAUUUUCAUGGGUCCGGCCCGCAUCGGCUACGAGGGUCUGGCAUUCGUCCUGCCAAGCGCCGCCGGGGAUGGUGGCCUCUCGGUGGCCAUCUCCUUACAACCUGAUCACAUGUUGAAGUUCCAGAAGCUCAUCUAUGAUAUCUACUUUGAAGUUAGAUUAUCUAUGUUAUAAUUGGUUAUGAUUUGAUAUUGUCAUGUCUAAUGAUAUUAAAUGAAUUAUUUAAAUUUCUGUUAUGUAUCCAUGCAAACAUUAAUUUGGAGUAUGUGUUAUAAUAUUACGUCUUAAUGCAACGGUGUAACUGUGUA